ACCUGCCCCCACCCCAGGUAAUUGAAAUUGACUCAAAACGAAUCAAUUCAAAAUACCUCAGGCAGAUUGAUGUAAGCCCAAUUCUCGUAUAUAGAUCACUAAAUAAUUGUGACCCAAGUGUAAUUAUCACUUAAUGGUUUAAUAUAUAAGGUAAGUCAUAUAUUUGUUAGGUUAAUGAAAGGUAAUUUCCUAAUAUACCAUGAUGGUGGGUCUAUAUAAAGAAACCCAAGGAUUGGUCCUCUCUCAACCCAUUACGUAGAAUUUCUUAGCCGUUAGAGAAAUCUCUAAACCUAAAACCUAAAGGGGUCAAGAGGGAGAAACUCAAUUCCGGUGAUUACUCUCAAGCCGUCGCCGCCGCUCUCGUCAUGGAUCGAGAUAGGUUUCCUUGAUCUAUUACCGAUUCGUGAAAUCAUCUAAUUCUAAGAUCCAUGCUAUUAUGAUCUAUGUUUACAUGUGGUAUCAGAGCCUUAGGAUUUAUUUGAAUGGAUGAUUUUCAAUUAUGUAUUAUGCUCGAUUAGUCUCCGCAGCGUUUAUACCAAUCGAUUAUGCAUGAUUAAAGCUUGUUGAUGCUUCUGAUUGAUCAUCUGUUUAUUCUAUUGAGUCCACGCAUUCGAGAUUUGUACACAUCUGUAUUUGAGUUCUUUGCGGUUGGUUCUUCUGUUUGUCGAGCAAUUAUUCGCUGUUUAUCAAGAACAUAUAUAUGUGCAGUGCAUGUAUGUUUAUGCUUACAUGAUAUAUUGAUAUGUUUGUUUCCUCAAUUAUAAUGAUAUAAGAUGACAAUAUCUUGCCUUUAUUUCCUUUUCAACUAAAAUCAUGAUAAAAGCAAUUAGGGAUGAUUACAAUUGUUUUUGUAUAUGCGUUCGAUUAAUUAAGAGUUUGGGAAGGUUGAUAAAGCCUUAUGUUUGUCUCGAUGAUGAUUAAUAUUGUUUUCCAUUAGUAACAAUAUGCACGUAGAGACUCAAGUUUUGGGUCUGCGUAUUUCAAAGUGAUUAUUAACAAUUGUCUUACUUUAAGUUAAAAUUUUACAUUUGAUAUCUACUUUAUGAUUAAUUUGUUAGUCACCAAAGUGACCAAAUUAGAAGGUUUAUAGAUAUCAAGUUGAAUCAAGUUCAACUGCUAAUGUUUAUGUGAUGCUUUUAAGUUUUUUUUUUUUUUGACAACGUGAUGCUUUUAAGUUGAAAUUCGUGAUUAUAAAAUAUUUUGAAUCGCCCAAAGGUUGAUUGCUCGUUUUAUAAUUCACGAACAUUAUCAUGGUAAAUUGAUGUGCUUGGUUUGAUAUAUUUAGUAUAUCCAAAGAUUGCAAGUAUAUAUAAUUUGAGUAAGUCUAUCACCAAUUAUAUGAUUAUUUAUCGCAUAUAUAUUGUUGUUUUGGCCAAAGGUAGCACCAAUAUAUGUUUUAUGUUUAUGCUUCCAAAUCUGUAUUAUAGUUUAUGCUUAUUACCCAAAGCAUUAAUGUGUGAUUACAUGUUAUAUAUGUUUGCAGCAUCUGUUCUUGUUUCUCUUCAUUCGCAAGCCACGUCUGUUGUUAAGUUUAAUGGCCUCAACUUCUCUGAAUGGGCUGAACAGGUUCAGUUUCACCUCGGUAUUAUGGAUCUUGAUUUGGCACUCUUAAGUAAGAAACCUGCUGCUCUUACUGAUGCUAGCAGUACUGAGGAGAAGUCUUUCCAUAAAGCUUGGGAAAGAUCUAACAGACUAAGCCUAAUGUUUAUGCGAAUGACUGUAGCAAACAACAUUAAGUAAACUUUCAAUGAUAGUGAAAGUUCCUAAGGAAUUUAUGAAUUCCGUGAAAGAAAGCUCUCAAUCUGAGUCUGCUGAUAAGUCGCUUGUUGGGACACUGAUGGGUACGCUAACCACCAUGAAGUUUGAUGGUUCUCGUACCAUGCAUGAGCAUAUCAUCGAAAUGACGAAUAUUGCAGCAAGACUAAAGACCAUGGGAAUGGAAGUGAAUGAAAAUUUCCUAGUAACGUUCAUCCUUAAUUCCUUACCUCCAGAGUAUGGCACAUUCCAUGUGCAUUACAAUACUCUAAAGGAUAAAUGGAAUGUGCAUGAGUUACAAAGCAUGCUCAUUCAAUAGGAAGCAAGGCUUAAGAAACCAGGAAAUCAUUCUGCCAAUCUUGUUGGUCAUAAAGAAGCUGGAAAGAAAUCGUGGAACAAGAAUGGGAAGGGCAAGGAAGGACUAUCAAAGCUUAAUGAGUCAUCUGCCAUAAUCCACAAGAAGGAACCAAGUAAGGAUAUAUGCCGCUUUUGUAAGAAAGUCGGACAGUAUCAAAAAUAUUGCUUGAAAAGAAAGGCAUGGUUCGAAAGAAAGGGUAAGCCUAGUGCUUCAGUAUGCUUUGAAUCAAAUUUAACUGAGGUUCCUUAUAAUACUUGGUGGGUUGACACUGGUUGUACCAUUCAUGUUUCCAAAACGAUGCAGGGAUUCCUUACGACUCAAACCAUAAGGCAAAAUGAGAAGUUCAUCUAUAUAGGAAACCAAACCAAAGUUCAAGUUGAAGCUAUUGGGACUUAUCGUUUGAUUUUAGAUACUGGUCAUCAUUUGGACCUCGUCAAUACCCUUUAUGCUCCUUCUAUUUCUCGUAAUUUGGUUUCGGUUUCUCAACUAGAUAGGCUGGGUAUUUUUGGAACAUUGGAAAUGGUUCUAUUAGUUUGUUCAAACAUAAUGUUUUAUUGGGUUAUGGUACCCUUGUUGAUGGUUUGUACAAAUUAAAGCUUGAUACCCUAUUCGCUGAGACUCUCUUAACCUUGCAUCAUAAUAUUUGUAUUAAGCGUGGUUUGUUUGAUGAAUCCUCUGCUUACUUGUGGCAUAAACGUUUGGGUCACAUAUCCAAAGAAAGAAUGGAAAGGUUAGUAAAGAAUGAAAUCCUUCCUCAUUUGGAUUUUACUGACCUUGGAAUUUGUGUUGAGUGUAUUAAAGGAAAACACACAAAACACACACUAAAGAAAGCAGCCACAAGAAGCUCACAGCUCCUUGAAAUUAUACACACUGAUAUUUGUGGGCCUUUUGAUGUUCCAUCACUUGGUGGAGAAAAGUAUUUCAUUACCUUUAUCGAUGAUUUUUCACGUUAUGGAUAUAUCUAUUUGCUGCAUGAAAAAUCUCAGUCGGUGGAUACCCUUGAGGUGUUUAUCAGUGAAGUUGAGAGGCAAUUAGAAAGAAAGGUGAAAAUUGUCAGGUCUGAUAGAGGUGGAGAAUAUUAUGAAAAAUAUGAUGAAAGUGGACAGUGCCCUGGUCCAUUUGCUAAGUUCCUAGAAAGACGUGGUAUUUGUGCUCAAUACACUAUGCCAGGAACACCGCAACAAAAUGGUAUUGCAGAAAAGCGGAAUCGUACUUUAAUGGAUAUGGUUAGGAGUAUGUUAAGCAACUCAUCUUUACCCAAAUCAUUGUGGAUGUACGCUUGAAGGACCACUGUGUAUUUGUUAAACAGGGAUCCUAGUAAAGCAGUUCCUAAGACACUUUUUGAACUGUGGACGGGGAGGAAACCCAGUUUAAGGCACCUGCAUGUUUGGGGUUGUCCAACGGAAGUAAGAAUAUAUAAUCCACAUGAAAAGAAACUGGACUCACGAACAAUUAGUGGUUUCUUCAUUGGUAAUCCAGAAAAAUCUAAGGGGUAUCGAUUUUAUUGCCCUAACCAUAGUACAAGAAUUGUUGAAACUGGAAAUGCUAGGUUCAUUGAGAAUGGUGAAGUUAGUGGAAGCUUAGAGCCACGCAAUGUGGAAAUUGAAGAAGUUAGAGUGAAAAUAUCUUUGCCUCUACCCUCUUCUCAAGUUGUUGCUCCUGCACAUGUUGAGCAUGAUAACGAUUUGCAAGACCAACAAAUGAACGGUCAAGCACCACCUAAUAUUGCUAUUGAGAAUGAACCUAACAUAGAUGAACCACAAGAAAUCUCAUUAAGAAGGUCUACAAGAAAUCGAAAACAUGCAAUUUCUGAUGAUUAUGAGGUUUAUCUUCACGAGUUAGAAUCUGAUUUAGGACUCUAUCAUGAUCCACAUUCAUUUUCACAAGCCAUGGAAAGUGAGCAUUCUGAUAAAUGGUUAUCUGAUGC